AUCAAAAAUAAAUAAUGGUGCCGAAAGUAGCCACCGCCACCACCGUAAUAUCAGCAGAUACAAAGAGAGGCCAACGAAGAAUUACAUUUGUUUUGCUGUAAAGGAAGAAAGUCCACUAUUAUUCUUUCUUCUUCCUCUUCACUGUAUGGUUUAGUCAAACUAUUUUGUCCACGAUCUGUUUGCUGGUGAGACUGACUCAAACAACCUGGAGAAUAAGAAGAAGGAAAAUAAAGAUGAUCAGUGAUCGGUCUGAGUUCAGAGUUCAAAUACGGAGAUUAUUUGUGAUCGUGAUCAGAACUUCCUAUAGAUGGAUCAGCAGUCAUCCCUUUCUCCUUGGCUGUGUUGGGGGUUUGUAUCUUGUGUAUAGAGCUUGUCCUCUUUUAUUUUCUCCCUUGCUGGCUGCAUCUCCUGUUCUGGUCUGCACAUUCGUUUUGCUUGGGGCGAUUCUUAGUUUCGGAGAGCCGAAUAUUAUACCUGAGAUCGAGAUCGAAACAGCAGAGCCGGAAACUACUGUUCACGAGGCUGCUCCUUUUAGAACUGAGGUUUCGAGGGAUCCUACUGUUGUUGUUGAGAGUGGCGACGAGAGUUUUACGGUGGAGAGGCUGGUGAGCACGGAGAAAGAUGGAAAUGGUGAUGCUGACAGAGUAGUGGAAAACCAGCUGAAUGAGGUUGAGGAACAACAUUUUGAUUACAGGCCUUUGGUUGAUGAGGUCAAACGUGAGAGUCAGGUUAAGUUUGAGGAGAGAGCAUUUGUUUUGGAUUUGGAGAAGAAGGGAGAUGGAGAAGAGGAGAAGUUUAUUGGAAAUGAUGGGAAGCAUGAUGCAGAACAGCCGAGGAAAAUUGGUGGAUCUUUAGAUGAAAUGAUGGAGGAGGAUUCAAAGGAUGUAUCUCCAGUCUCACCUUGGAGACCAAUGAGGCAUGAGGAGGGCGAGGAUGAUGAUGAUGCAGACGACUCACUGGAUUCUAGUUCUGAUGGUGCGGAAAGUUCUUCACCUGACCCCUCUAUGACAGACAUCAUCCCCAUGCUUGAUGAGCUUCACCCGCUUUUACACUCUGAGAAUCCAGGUCGUGAUCUUGAAGGAUCAGAUGCAACUUCAGAGGAGCCAGAUAUGAGUAGUAGUAGUAGUGAUGAAGGAGUGGAGUCUGAUGUUAACAGCGAAAGUCAUGGAGAAGAGGGAGACGACAACAACAACAAAGAGGAAGAGGGGAAGAAGGAAGAGAAGGACGACGAAUGUAAAUCACCAAUCACAUGGACUGAGGCUGACCAAAAGAAUGUCAUGGAUCUAGGAAGUCUCGAGCUUGAAAGAAACCAACGGUUGGAGAGUCUUAUCGCCAGGAGAAGGUCUCGCAACAAUAUGAGAAUGAUGGCAGAGAGAAACCUGAUUGAUUUUGACUGUGCUGAUGAUGUUCCCUUUAAUAUGCCGCCAAUCUCAACCGCAAGGCUGAAUCCAUUUGAUCUUUCGUAUGAUGAUAUGGGACUACCACCUAUCCCUGGCUCUGCUCCGUCCAUUAUGUUCGCGAGGAGAAACCCGUUUGAUCUUCCGUACGAGCCAAAUGAAGAAAAGCCAGACCUCAAGGGUGACGGUUUCGAGGAAGAGUUCUCUUCUCCACAACGUAAGGAGCCAGUGUUCAGAAGACAUGAGAGUUUUAGUGUAGGUCCAUCAAUGCUCGGAGGAGGUCCUAGACAUGAUAGGCUACGACCUUUCUUCGUGCUGGAGAGACUAGCACAUGAGAGAGCGAGCUAUUAUCCAUUUGAAAGGCAGCUCAGUGAAGUGAGUGAAUCAAAAGUCAGUUCUGUACCUGAUACUGAAUCUGUCUGCACAAUCCUGGAGUAUGAAGAAAAGAAGGUGGAUGAGCAUGAUGCUGAUCGAGAAACAGAUUUAGCUAAAACUGAUAUGGCGUCUGACCAUGAUGAUGAAAAAGCUUCUGACCAUGAUGAUGAAAAAAGCCAUUCUUCAGAAGAUUCCGAUUUUGAUGAACAAGGUGAUAGCAAAAAUCUUCAUCAUCAUGUGGCUGAGAUAAUACUGGGAAGUGCAGAAACACAGGUUACUACACACCAUGAUCAAUCAAAUAUGACGGACGGAGAAACUUCUGAUAAGACAAAACAUGAUGAAGAGGCCUCCAGUGAUAGCGAUUCAUCUGUAUCAGAGAUGGAAGAAGAGAGAGCCAAUACUAAUGAGAAUGAAGCAAUGUUGAUUUCAGAGCAGAAAGCUGAUCUUCAUGACAAAUCAGGUACUUCUUCUGGAGGAUUAGAUAUUCACGUUGCAAGAGGGAUGGAGGGUGAUUAUCACCAUGAUGAAGCGCCUGCUUUCAUUACUGCACUCCCCUCGUUGGAGGAGUCAGCAAUUCAUGAGCUUUGUGAUUUGGUGGGUGACCACCACGAAAAACCUGUUUAUGAUUCGAGUCCUCCCUCAGCCAGUAGAAAUAAUGGCGAAGAAGUACAAGAAAAUGCAGAUAAUGAACGUGAAGUAUAUUCUGAAAGCAUAGGUUCUGGUGAGACUGAAACAAGUACAAGGGAAGUUGGAGAGAGUAGCACGCAUGUUACAGGAGAGGCAAGCCUUGUAUUUGAUGGUCAAAAGAACUCAACUGUUUCAGUGUCUGAAUUUGAGGAAGCCUUACUUGAUCCGUCCUCUCUACCUUUGGAUAAGAACGAGAAUGCUGAUCACCAGGAGGAUGGCUCUUUAUCUGUUUCUAGUCAAGAAGAUCUUGAAGAGCUGCAUGAAGAAGUGAAAGAGGCUGUAGAUACCAGAGCGCUAGAUGUUAGUGAAUCUUUGGGGGACUCGGUUUCUCCUACAGAAGAGGAAGUAGUAUCUACAGGGAUAGUUGAACAACAUCUUCAAGUUGAGCAUACAAGUUCACCUUGUGGAUAUGGUGACACGAUGGAGCAUGUGGCUACACUGGAAGAAUCACCUGAUGUGGUACAUGACAAAGCUGAAACUUCAGUAAACAGAGGAGUAGCUGAAGGCAUAAUGCAGGAGGAAGAGGAUCAACAAAAAGAUGAAGCCACUCCUCAAACAUCCAGUGCAGACAUACCAGUUGACAGCUACGCCACUUUGUCUUCUGGAGCAGUUGAGUAUGUUGAUACGCAUUCAUUUGAUGACGAAUAUGCUCCACAAGUGGAUCAAGAUCCAGUUCAGUCAUCAGUUUCUGAUGCCAAGGAAGAAACACACCCCAACCAAACUAUGGAUAUUGAAGUAGACUGUGUGAAUACUAGUGCACAAAAUGUGGGAUCCGAAGAAACGACUCCAUUUGAAUCAGAUAGAGAACCGACCUGGUCAGAUAAAUCAGUGGUUGAACAAUCAUCCCUUGAACCUGGUGAAGAUCAAAUACCAGCACGUGAAGCUCCUGUUAGUGUGGUCUUUUCCCGCAACAUCACUUUCCACGAAGAUCACGAUGCUCCUGAGGAUACAGCCGAGUUAUCUUGUUUGACAUCUGACACAUCCUCAUCUCCGGCAGAGUCUCCUGAGUACGAAACACCUAUGGUUGGUGAAGGCUCGAAGGCGGACUUCUUCCAAGAAACUGUUAAUGAGGGGCUUGACCAUGAAGUCGAGCGGUUAGAUCAGCUUACAGAUUUACGUGCAAUAUCUCAAAGUCCUCCUGAAGUUAUCACCGAAGAAGCAGAGCGGUUAGAUCAGCUUACAGAUUUACAUGCAAUAUCUCAAAGUCCUCCUGAAGUUAUCACUGAAGAGGCAGGCGAGAUAAAAGAGAUUGAUGAAGAAGGAUUGUUGUCUGAACUUGACACGAGUUUAGACUUCAGUGCUAAAGAAGUUGUGCCAAAUUCUGAACCUGAGCCAUCUUCAAUAGGAUCAGACACUGCUAAUGAACAGACGGAAGCUCUGCCUGUUCUUGAAGCGGGAUCUGUUGAAGACAGAGAAUCUGCUUUCCAGCAGAUCCAUGAAGGAUCUGAGGUUGAGGAUGUUAUACUCCCAAGCACCAUUCAAGACCAGUUGGCUCAUGAAAACUCUGAAAACUCAACAGAGGCCAAGUCAGAUUUAACAGUGGUGGAAGCUACGUCGAAAGAUGAUCUAGAUACUGCUAUGAAUCAGGCUGUUGUAGAGAGCAUGGGCAAGCAACCAAUGUCGCCAGGAUCAGAUGGUGGGUCUGGAGAAACCAAACGUGCAGUUGAAAUGGAACCGUCAGGGUCUUUAGUUGAAGAAAGAUAUCUUGAUGAGACAAAUGUUCAUCUGACGAACACACCUGAGAAAGAAGAAGAGGAAAGUAGACCGAAAGAGAUAACCACAUCAUACGAUGCAUCGUCUAUAGAAGCUCGAUCACUGGAGGAAAUUCCAAAACCUUCAGAACCAAAGGAGGAGAUGGCAAUGGAAGUAAUCUCUGAAAGAGAGGUGGCACCCACAGAAGCCAUUGAGUCUAGUAAUGUAACACUAAGAAGCGAUGAAGUUGUGACUGAAGAAGCAAAAGCUGAGACCUCAAGCAACAUUGAUGGGAUUUUAGAGAGUCCUGAGUCCAAAGAAACUCCUGAAGAUUUAGGGGAAAGCAUCGCAGAGUAUAAAGUAAAGACAGAGGAGAAGAAGGGGAAGGGUAAGUCCGAUUCUUCAAGCUCAAGCUCUAGUUCAAGUGACUCAGAUUGAAAAAUAAUUCUAAGGGUAAUACAACUCAACUCCUAGUGAAUAUAUGUUUGUUACACGGUAAUGGUAGGCACUUCUUGGUUUUGUUUUAUCAUCAGACUGUGUGCUCUGUUUUAAAAGGGGCAGGAAGAAGCCGCUAUUCAUUUUUUGUACCAAGUUUUCUCCUUUUCCUGGUUUUGUGUGUGUGUGUGUGUGUUUUCCUUUUCUCGUGUUUCAGCUUCCAUAUUUAUUGAUUUGAUUGAUUUGUAUUUCUUGAUACUAUUCAGAGUUUUUUGUUUGUUUCAAGGUCUUUUGGUUUGUGACUUUUAAGUAUUUUCUCAUUUUUGGGGGGUCUGUUCUAAACUAUUUGUGAUGAGCCUGAGAAAAUGAGAAGUGUAUUGUUGUUUGGGUU